AUGGAAGAUGGGGUCCACUGUAACUAUCUUGUGGAUGCUAAGAAGACAGACUAUCCCCAGAAAGAAGAGGUGCCCAAGAGCGCAAGAAGAGGCAUCGAACCCAGCAUGGAGGAUGACAGCUCAGUCCCUGAGAUCCAUGGAGAAAGUACCUGUCCUCUCUUAGAUGAGCAGCUCCAUAGAGGGAAAGUACCAGGGCUCUGCUCCGUCCGCUGGGGCCUUGCUGUCAUCCUGCACAUUUCCUUCUUUGUUGCCUACUCCCAGCGGGUGGACCUCAGCAUCGCCAUAGUUGCCAUGGUGAACAGCACAGGCCAGCAGACAUCUCUCAAUGUCUCCAAAGACGUGUGUCCUGGGCCCUCUCCUGCUCCCCCCAACACAUCCCAGCCCACAGAGAUCAAGGCUCCUGUCUAUAACUGGACCCCUGAAACCUGUGGAUUGCUCUUGAGUUCUUUCUCCUAUGGCUACCUCAUCACCCAGAUCCCUGGAGGCUACCUCACUGGCAUUGUGGGCUGGAAGCCUGUCUUGGGCACUGGACUGCUCCUCUCCUCCAUCCUCAGCCUUUUCCUCCCCUCGGCCGCAGAGCUCGGCGUGGUCUAUCUUGCCAUCAUCCAGGCUCUGAGAGGCCUCUCUCAGGGUGUGAUAUUCCCAGCCUACUACACUCUCUGGACAAAGUGGGCCCCGCCUCAGGAACUCACCUGCCUCAUGAAUUUUUCAGAUGCCGGUACCACACUAGGGACCUUUUUCACCCUGAUGGUGGGAGGCAUCACCUGCCAGACUCUGGGGUGGCCUGCUUUUUUCUACAUCUUUGGAGGUGUGAACUGUGUCUGGUGCCUGCUUUGGUUCUUUCUGGUGUUUGAAGAUCCUGACAGUCACCCUUGCAUCAGUACCACAGAGAAGGAAUACAUCAGAUCAGCCUCAACCCAGAAGGGCCACUGCCACAGCUGGUCAUUACCUCUCUUCUCCAUGUUGAAAUGUGGGCCAUUGUGGGCCAUUGCAGUUGCCUAUUUCUGUUGUGACUGGCUCUUCUACACCCUCCUGACCCUGCUUCCUAUGUAUCUGAACCGCAUCCUUCACCUGGACACCAGGGAGAGUGGCUUCCUGAGUGCCCCUCCAUACAUUGGGAACUGGCUGGGCCACAUAGGCACAGGGCUCCUGGGAGACUUCUUGAUAGCCAAAAACCUGCUUCAGCUGGGUGCAAUGAGGAAAUUCUUCACAGCUCUGGGUAAGGAUGGGCCCAAUGCCUUUGUGUCCCUUGCUCUCUUACCCCUACCCCCAACCCAAUCUGAUCCCUUCCUGAGCCCUGUGAGUGGUGAUACCCUGUCUGGCUGGAGACGUGUCUUCUUUCUGUCAGGAGCCAUUAACCUAUUUGGGGUGAUCUUCUACCUCGGCUUUGGCCGAGCCGACAUCCAGGACUGGGCUAGAGUAGACAACACCCCGUAAUGACAGGUGGACUGAAGGGAGCCUCCCAUCCACCCAGCAGCUGUAGGGAAGGAGAAAGAAUACUGAGCUAAGAGUAAAAGAACUUGGGCCCUUAGAUAAAUAUCUACUGAUUGACAGAUUGAUGAUUUCAAUACUAGUCCCACCCUGUCACUAACCUGGUUUGUGACUUUGACCAAGUCAUUUCUUCCCUAUCCCAUCUGAAAAUAAGAGGGGUGGGGUUAUCCUUCCUCUUCUUAGAGAAGAGGAGGGUGAAGGUAUGGAAAACUGUAUAUUAUAGUCAGGCAAGGUCCUAGGCCAGGGAAAUCUGCUUUACUGUUUUUCUUUGUUUUCAGGGAGGGUUCAAGGCAGAGUGGAAAUGAUUUGUAUGAAAAUAAAAGACAUUAA